UUUUACUAAAACCAGAGAAAAACUCUUUGAUUUCAUCAAAUUACAUAAAUAUUUUGUGUGUAGUUGAUAAAUAGAGUAAGAAAGUACUGUGACUAUAAUUGUAAUCUAACCAAAUGGUCAGAAGACGAUAAAGGGAGAACGCAUAAUAUUAUAUACGUUAGAGACCUAUUGCAGUUGGUUAUUCUCGUAUACGAAGACCAUUGUGAUUGAUAUAAUGGCAAAUAUAGCAAUUAUUAGUGGCAUCCUAACAGGAUGUCUCCUUAUGGCACUGACAGUAAUUUCCCAAAUGUCCAUUAUAUUUGAAAUUCGCUCCCAUAGCGAACACGAACAUUUUUCAAUGCGUAUUAUAAAUUGGUUGUUCGUAACAGUAGGAAUUGGAAAUAUUUGUGGAUCAGUUGUUUUUUCUUUCUUGGCCGAAAAAGUAGGAAGAAAACAUAUUCUGACUGUAUUAUGUUUACAUUUUUUGUUGUCAUUUUUUAUCUGUGAAUUAAGGAUACACAUUGCAGUCUUAUUUAUUGCUAAAUUUAUUGCUGGUUUAUCAAUUGGUGGAACUUAUGUUGUUGUACCGAUAUACAUUGGAGAAGUGGCAGAAAAGACAUCACGAGGCAGACUAAUCGCACUUAUGAAUCCGUCCUUUGCAAUAGCUAAUUUCUUUAUUACUGGCGUGUUAGAACCAUUAGUUGGAUAUGGCUCAUCAUCUAUACUUAAUUAUAUAUCUGUUUCGCUAGCAAUUAUUGCGACAAUUUUAUCGGUAACCCUAGUAGAAGAAAGUCCAUUUUACUAUUUAACGAUAGGACGUGAGCUUGCGGCAAAAUCAAGUUUAGUAAAAUUAAGAAGCAACCACUCAAAUCAUCAAAUGGAGUUUAACGAAAUUCAAAACAAAGUUCAACCUAAUAUUCCCGAUAUUGAAGUAGGAGUGCAAGUUAGUACUUUUGUAAAAUAUAGUUGGCUUAAACCUUUACUACUGAUGACUGGAAUCCUUGGUUUAAGAUCGUUGUCUGGAAUAAGUUCCUAUAAUUUUUUUAUGGCGUAUGUUGCCCAAUCUGGUGACUGGGACUGGAGUCUAAUAAUGAUCUUGUAUAGUGCUGUCCAUCUAUUAUCUUCCUUUUUGAUACUUUUUAUUAUUGAUAAAUGUGGAAGGAAAUUACCACUUUUGGUCUCUGUUAUAUGGAUGACUAUCACAUUUAUAUUUUUGUAUAUUCUUGUACUGUUGAGUAGAUACAAUAUCCACGUAUCUCCAUACUUAUUUUUUGUAGCAUCGUUAAUAUCAUAUUUAGCAGUUGAUAUUGGAGUUGGACCAAUACCAUUCGUUUUAUUGGGAGAGCUUUUUCCAUUAAGAAACAAAAUGAUGUGUGCAGGCAUCUCGAUGGUUUUUCAUUUCAUUUUGACAUUAUUCUUGCCAAUUGUUAUGUUAUGGAUCAAUAAUACAGGACCUGGACCAUACCUUAAUAUUAUAGUUUCAAUAGCUGUUGCUAUUUCAUUGGUUAUUUUAGUAAAAUAUUUUUAUCCUGAAACCAAAGGCAAAAGUUUGAAUGAAAUUCAAGUAGAGAUAAAUAAGAAUUCACCUCCAAGUAAGAACUCCCCAAUCUUGAUGGAGUAAAACUUUCUCUAUGGACAUGGAAUUAAAAAACAUAACAUUUCAAUUGUUGUAUCUUCAGAAAUAAAAUAUUUCAUUAUACUUAGUUGUUGAAUAUUAAUUAUUAUUU